GGGUCAACUAUCAGAAUGGCCGUUCGUGCCGUUCCUGUCAUUUUAAAUUUGAGUGAAACUCUUUAGAGUUGAUUAAUGAAAAGCUCAUAGAUUUGACACGAUCUUUUUUUCAAUAAAAUAUGUCUAUACACGUUACUGUGAGUGGGAAUCCUGUAAAUAUACGUCGUGGAAGAAUGAUAUUGUCAGAUUUAGAUCAAAUCAAGAAGAACGAACGUGAUCGCCGACGGAGGUUACGUCUAGAACAGGUUCGUCAACAAUCAAAGGAAAUAUCAAACAGACUUUUAGAACGUGCUAAAAAAAUAGCAAGAGAAGAACUUAACAAAUUAGAGAAAGAUCCAAAAUCAGAGCUUAAACAAAUGCAUGAUAAAAAGAUUAUGGAGAUACAAGAAAAAUAUCAGGAAGAUUUGGAAGAUAUCGGUCAAGCUCAUGUUUCUGCUGCUUUACAACCAGAUGUAGAUGCAAUCUUGGAAGAAGAAGGGAGAAAAGAUAGAGCUAUGGCUUUAAAAAGAGGAAAAGAUGCUGCACAACGAAUAAGAGAAAUAAAACAGAAGAGUAGUGCAGAAGUAACUCAUCAAGAAAGACUACGUAAAGUACGGGAAGAAGAAAAUAUGAGGGCAGCAAUGAUAGCUAAACUUCCAAAGCCAACAACAAUACUUGAGGAUAAUAAUAAUUCAGAAACAAAUUUUUCAGUAGAAGACUCCAAUGAAGAAGUUGUUCAUGAAAGGUUAACAACAAAUAAGAAGAGUAAUAAAGUCCUUUCUAAAAAAUCACCCAAGAAAAAGAAAACUAAUUCAAAAGAACAUCAAAAGACUUUAUCACCAAAACCAGGCCCCUCAGGCUUACAAAAAUGUUAUAGAAUGGUCUCUAAGAAGAAAGCAGCUGAUAAUGACAAUAUUAAACAUGCAAUUGACGCAAUCGAUGAGCAACUACCACGAAAAACAGUGCCAGUUAUAAGCACUACACCAACUAAAGCUGACAAAGUGGCAAGAUACAAUCCAGAUGAUUAUACGCAAGAUAGAUCGGAUACAAGUAGCAUCAGUAGUAGUAGCUCUAGUUCAGUCAGUGAUGACUCCUCAUACUUUUCUGAUGUUGCAGAACAGGUUACAUGUAAAACUACAAAAACGGGUGUUUUGACAGACAGCAAAGUACGAUUGUAUGAUCACGAUACACGUCAAAGAAAUGUCUACAGCAUGCCCCUUGGCAUAGUUGAAAGAAUUGAUAUUGGAAAUGAGCCAAGUGCGAUAGAAGCAGCACGAGCUAUGAAAGAUAUAGAGAAUACAAAAACACAUACAGCUAUAAAUCGUAAAUUAAGUGCUCAGCGCCGUGGUCAGGAUGCGAUUUUACGAGAAAGAGUACGGAGAGACUAUCAAGCUCUUAUAAAAAAUUUGGAGCAUCUCGCACAAGAAGAACGCAAACUAAAAGCUAGUCAAAUACAUUCUAAUGUGGAGGAAGAUACAUACGCGCGAUUACAUCAGAGAAAUAAAUGCCAAGAAGAGCAUCGAAAGAAGAUGAAUCGUGCAGCUAAAAAUGUUCUAUGUACAGAUAGUAUACCAAGCCGAUAUUCUCAUCUCGCAGAGAGAACGACGACGUUACCGAUACAGAAGAAAGAUGGAAUACAUAGUGACGUGCCUCAUUCAACGUGGCAAGAACCUCAUCUGGACGAGGAGGAGAUUACAGUGUGUCAUACACAACAGGAUCAGGAUAGCGAAGUAUCGCGCGAAGAACAAAUACUAGAUAUGUUAAAAAAAGUCGAAAGACAAAAAAGAUUACUACUGAAGGAAUUUGGUGCAAGUUUGCCUGAUAAUAUAUUCAAUGCCAGUAUAAAACCGCUCUUUGAAAACAGAACACCGACUCAAGCAACAUCAGUUGCGGAUGCUGUUAAGCCUCUGUCACCUGAAAUCACAGUCAUUAAUAUGUCUAAUUACAAUGAGUGUGCAAAAAAAGAUCGUAAGGCAAAGAAGAAGAUGGAAAGCUCGCCUACAAAAAAGAUAGAGAUUGCCGUACAGGCAGUAUUGGAUAAAAUUAGUCCGGCGGAAGAUAAGAGUGUACAGGUAGAAUUACCUCAAGAAAAUGUCAAUAUACCACAUUCCAGUAGAGAUACAUCUGCUCAGGUACCUCAUCCGAUCGAGCCGCAAGUUACCGUCAUCACACCGGAGACUGAUGAUAGUAGUAACGAUUCAACGAGUUCGGACGUUACUGGGAUGAUAAUUGAAAUCGAUAGAAAAGAAGUGACGGUAACACCUAAAAAGAGAAAAAGUCUAAAGGUCUCAAAGCGACCGUCACCUCGAGUUUAUCAAAAGAUCCGCUCAACGUCCGUUAGUUCUAAAGGUACAUCGCCUAUGAAGAGGUUCUCGAGGUCUCAUUCGAGCUCUCGCGUAACUAGUCCUCAGAAGAAGACGAAGUGUGUGGAUGCGCCGGAUACAGCCAGCAGAAGAGUAGAUAUACACGUGAGCAAGUCUGCAUUUAACGAUGAAACUGACCCGUCGCAAGAGACGAGAGUGUCGAUAGACGCCAGUGCGGAAAGUUCACAGACGUUUUCAGGCGUAAACGAUCAAGACGGAUCUACAGGCAAACCGUAUCGCAUUCGAACGCAAAUGAAAAAGUGGAUUCGAAUAAAGGAUACCUCAGAUACAACGUCGACGUCGUUCGCGAGUCCACCGCCAGUAAAACCUCGAUCGAUGCUUGACGCUUUGACUAACAUCACACCGAUCCUAGAGAUCUUAGAUUCUUCGGGAACCGAGGAAUUAAGACGAUUACGACAAGACAUCAGCCCGGUAUCCACACCGGAAACUCCUUCACCGCGUACAAUGAGAAUGCCAUCGAACAUUCCACAUCGUGAUAAGAUUAGCAGGAUGCUUAGAUACAAUUCGAAUGAUUCUAAAAACAACAAUAGUAUUAUACUGUCAUCAACACAAAACGACCAGACUUGUUUAACAGAUCCAUCAGAUGCUACUCCACAGGAAGCUGCAGCGCCAGAAUACCGACCGGCUUCUUCGCAACAGCCAUCAGUACCAUCAAAAGUCUGUACAUGCAAGAAUCCUAAAUGCAAAUUGUUACACAUAAAACUUGAUGAUAUUCACGAAUAUGCAUUGAAGAAUUGUCCCGAGAUGCUACAAAAAUAUGAAGAUCUGCAAAACUUAUGCACGGAAAGAAUAGCAUCUUUAACUGAUCUCAUUGAAAGAGUACGAAUUGAACAAAAAGAUAUGGAUCUUUCAUUAAUCAGUCCCAGUGAUGAAACGAGUUUGAUGCAGUUACCUGUGCCCAGACCAGCGCGUAAUGAUGUGCAAGCAAUACGCAAACUAAUUGAGAGUAUAGAAGCAAUUCAUUCCCAGCUUGCAAAAACUCUCUUUGAAUCGCAAAAAAUUAUAGAAAAUGGGACCCCCGACAACGAACUUUCGCGCGAUGUAGAAGUUCAAGUGACCACUUCUACUCCUAGAAGUAAAUCAAUAGAUACAAUUACAAUUCCUGUACAGAAAUCCGAAGUAGCAAAAGACAAAGCUAAGCCAAAGGUUAUAAGUGACGAAAAAGUUAAUAUACAGCUUAAUCAAUUUAAAAUACAGCAAAAACCUCAAGCUAUGUCUGCAAUAAGAACACCAGAACGUAAUUCUUGGCCUCCACGUGCACUUUCUCUUCAUGAAGAGGAGGUAAUAGAGAAAUUGUCGAAAGAAAUUUUGGAACAAAGCAAAAGUCUGGAUAAAGCGAGUUCCGCUUUUGUUAGCUUAAAAGAAAAUGAUGGAAGUUCUAUGCAAAGGAAAGUGUCACUUUCUAAUGAUGUUAAUCUGAAAAAUAAUACUUCAUCAGCACACAAAAAGGAUAAUAAUAUUACAAACCUUAUCGAAGAGGUAACAAAGAAAAACGAUUUUAUUCCAAUAUCUGCAGGCAUUCCCAAAAUAGCACGUAGUCAUGGAACUGUGACAUCAAUAAUUGCAAGGCCUAAACCUCCUGUCACAUUAUUAAAUGCACCACAUUGGCAAGAAUUAGAAUCAUCAGGGCAUGAAUUAUCAACGAUAGCGGAGUUCGACACAACGGAUACAGCUAAUAAAAGUAUCAAGAGUCCGACAAAAUCUAAAAGUGUGGCUAUAGAUAUCACGGAAGAUUCGCAGAAAAUUUUAUUAAAAAGAACAACAGAUACGGAGCCGUUUAAGUCUGCUAUUACUGUAAAACCAUCAGUACAUGUGGCUCCUUUGCCUGUUCAACAAAAUCAAAACCUUCCUGAGAAAAUAAUGAAUUCGACAACCGGCAUAAAACAUUCUGCUGAGUUAACUUCUAUGCAAAAAUCACAAGAAACUACAACCAUCUGUAGUUCUCCGACAAAAUCGAAAAAUGUGGCUGAUUGCGUUGUGACAACAAAAAUUGAAGCUGAACGGGAUUGGGUAGAUUACACACUUGACAAAUGUAACAAACAGUUACAAUGUAACACAACCACCGAGGAGCUUGUUCUUCAAACAAAAGAUUUAUUUGCGCUCGGUUCUUCUUUAAGUACAGAUUUUAAUAAUCAGUGUAAAAAUAGUCAACAUAAAACAACAUCCACUAGCUUAAACAGCUUCUCCGGAUUGUCUGGAAUUUCUGAAAUAACGAGUUCUCCAUCAUCAGAUCUUUUGAAAUAUGCUUCAUCUCCGGAAGAAAUGGAAACUGCCCUGAAGAAGCUAGGUUUGAGUUGGGCUGUUACGACAUUGAAGAAGACUCGAGAAGCAAGCGCUCUUAGUUCAUCCUCAAAUUCAGAUAUCACACCGAUAAAUACGGCCAGAAGGAUGAUUUCUCCAACCAAAAAACAUCUUGAUCCAAGUGGCCUUCCUAACAUUAGUGAUGUGUCGUCGAUAUCGAUCAAAGAGACCAACAAGAGUACAGAGCAAGCUGUCCUCUUGAAAGGAAGAACUUCCACACCUAAAUUUCAAAACUCAAAUUCUAACAGUGAGAGAUCCAGUACCACAAAUACAUCUGGAAGCCUCCAAGAGCCAAGCGAUAGUUUAACUGUACCUAAUGUGUCACUCACAAAGACAAAAUCUGAUAAUAAGCAAUUACAGAGCCUCUGACAUAAAAUGUUUUAUAUGUAUAAUUUCAUUAAUUACUUAUUAGAGAUAUAUAUAUUGCAUUUUGGUGGAAUUUUAUGGGGGAUUAUAAUUGCAUGCGUAAAAUAGGAUAUUCUUUACAUGGGCUCAUUUUCACAAAUGUUGAUAUAUAAAUAAUUUUUAUUGUGACCAGAAAAAAAGAAAUGUUAUAAUUUUUAAAAUGUGCUUGCAUUUUUGCUACAAGUAACUCAAAAUAUUGAAAUAUUAUAAGUAUUAUGGGGAUUCAUGAGGAUUAUUAAUUAUAUUUAAUGUGAUUAAAUAACAGAUCUGCUCAUUUAGUUUACUCAAAUUAUGGUGAGAAUCAACUAAACAGAUGUAAGAAUAAAAAUAUGCACAAAAAUUUAUAUGGAAAAAGAAAAUCUCAACAUCAAUGAAAAUUAAUGAAACUGGAUGACUAUUUUUGUAAUUUACUGAUAACGUAUGAUGUUUUAAAUAUUUCUUAAUUAACUAUAGAUUUCUAAACAAUAUGAAAGUUGUCAAGAUGUUACACAAUGAAAUAUCUUAGUAUAUUAUUUAGAUUGCACUGAAUGUAACAAAACUAAACGUUGCAGCCAAUAUUGUUUCCUAAUAUCUUGCAAUUGUUUCAUAGAAAACUCAAAAAUUUAUUUUUCAUUUUGUGUGAAAUAAAGAGAAAGUUAUGUACUAAACUAAAAAAAUUAUUAGCUCUAUGUUACAAUUGUAAACAGAUGAAAUUGAAAAUAGUAAAUUUAUACAACACUAUCAUGUUCAACUUUCAAUAAGAUACAGAUUAAUAACUUAAAGCAUGAUAUUACUGGAAUAUUAUGUCACUAAGAGCAUAAAAAAUUAAGACUGACAACAGUUUUAGAUGUGAAUGGUUUUAAAAACAGCAAUUUUAAGUAUGAAUAGAAAAUAAGAAUUUGUAAAAUAAGGAACCUACAAGAGAUAAAUGUACUUAUAACAAACAAAAGAUAGAUCCUACAAGAUAUGUAUUUUUAUCAUUCCGAUUUUUUAUAUUUUGUAU